UGGCAUUUGGGAUUGCACAGCCUGUGGGUGGUUUAUCUUGUGUGACUGGAGAAGACACAUAUUAGCAAUGAUAGUGCUGCUUAUCUAAUGUUUUUUUUGUCUCUAUCUCUUUUAGUGUCCAUUUACAGUAUCUGGUUUUAUGACCAGCAUGACUGCCAGAGGAUUGCAAAGCUGAUGACCCAAGUAGUACAGCAGGAGACUGAAAGGGCAAAAAAUCUAAAAAGUCCAAUUAAUGGAUGUAGAUCCCAACCCAUAGAUAUCCUGGAGAUGUUGAGCAAGGCUAAGAAUGAAUACGAAAAGGGUCAAGGGAAUGACAUCAGUGCCAGCUUCAGUACAAUGAAGAGCUCCCCUCUAGUGAAGGCAGACAGCUUUGAAAUAGCAGAGCAUGGAUCCUCUGCUCCUCAGGAGAAAGCUUUCCAAACUGUACAAAAACACUUGACAGUUGAAGAGCUGUUUGGAACUUCGAUGGCAAAAGAUCCACCAGUGCUUGCUUACACUAACCUUGAAGUUGGCGAGCCCUUCCUACCAGAUUUAGGGGAACACAACACUAUCCUGCAGCCAACGACUAUCCAGCCGGUGGUAGUGAAAGCGGAAUCAAGAAGUUUUAAUUGUAGUGCUAGUGAUUUUAGUCACCCAAAUUGCCUUCCACCAUCCUUUAUUUCUAAAGGACCUGUAACUUCAGUGGACUCCCAGAAACUUAGUACAUUUCCUGUAUGUAUUAGUCCCAGUCUUGGCUCAUCCUCUGAAGUCCUGAGCACCUCUGUUUCACAUGGACCCAGUAUUGCACUUGUUAAUCGAAUGUCCCCCCUUAUGAGCCAGUUGGUAUCAGACGUUGUAAACGCUCCCCAUGGUCAGCCCCUCAUUCCACCUUUAGUGCCGAUCCGUAGUAGCAGCUUCUCCAGUUCAUCUCAUCCCAGCAUGGAUCUUCUACACAAGUUAAAACUGACUCCACAGCCUGACUCAUUACCGUCUCAGCCCAUCAGCAAGACUACCAUAGCUCCCAAGUUCUCCAGUAAUGCAAGUCAGCUAGCAACACCUGAGAGUUUCAAAGAAAGCUCCCUGAAAGCAUUGUCAUCUGGACCUCUGUUAAUACCGUCACUUCAGAAUUCUCAUGAAAAGAAGGACCCUGAAUCAUUUGCCCAGCCUUUGGGUGUAUCUAAGGUGGUAGCU